GCGAUAUUAUGCGACGAAAGUUUUAGCGUUUAAGAUAUCUUUUUAUAUAUGCUUUGUGAACUUUCUACGUGUCGUUUCUGUCUUGUCAUAAAUAAAUAUAUAUAUAUUUUUUUUAUACAACUGCGGACAGUUUUUGUUUGUAACGCACACGUAGACUGAUCUAUAAUCGCUUGAAAUAAUAAUGGCUAUGAUUACAUCGUAAUUUAAUUUCGCGUGAAAAAGUACUUGACAUCUAUUCUUCAGCCAUCAAAGUGAUGACUCUCCCUUGACAGUUCUGCACUGAGAAAGAUAUAUAUAAAAUUAUAUUCAAUAAAUAUACAGUAACUGUUAUUUUCAAAGGAAAUCUAUCAAGUCACAACUUGGUAAUACAUAAGGAUUUUUCUUUUCUUGUAAGAAUUUAAUAUUAACUUCUGGAAAGAUGGGCUUAAAAUGGUUUCGAGCACGUCUAUCAAUAAAAAAAGAAGCGUCUAAAGUUCCAGCAAUGACGGGCUUAUAUCGGAGAGUUUCACCACGUUUUGAAUCGAAUACAACAAUGCCGAAAAAUGAAGAUAUCUUAAAUUCUCCAGAUAUCUUAAAUACUCCAACAGUCUCCAGUGAUAAUUAUGCAAUUGUAAACACAGAACCUUCUACAUCCACCAAAAAUUCAAACUUAAAAGAACAAUCGUUGUCACAAUAUGAGGAAUUAAAUAAUAUAAAUACAGAGCAAAAUGAUAGUUCAGAUAAGAGCCGUUCAGAUAAUGAGCUAGUGAUUUAAUAAAAAGAAAAAUAUUAUAGAAAAUGUUAUAAAGAUAUCUCAA